AUGACCGGACCGUCCACGUCGUCACCGUGUGGCCAGGUCAGCCCUAAUCCACAGGAGAUGAAACUGGGAGAUUUGGAAGAGAAGCCAGGCAAAAUGAAUGAAUCCAAGAAAGCAUUCCAGCAAUCAUCCAUAUUUCAAAAAAAUCUAGGAGAGCAGAGGAUUGGUGUAAUGAGGCAAGAACUUCCCAUUAAUUUCUCACACCAACCCCACCAUCAAAAUUUCUUGGCCCAUCACCAGCAGCAAUCCUAUUUCACUGAAGGAAACAUGGUUUACUUGCAGCAGCCAGUGCAAUACAUGAUCCAACAGCCAGUGCACGUAAAUCACCACAUGAAGAUCCAACGGACGGGGUCAGACCCCAUCAAGCAGCACCACCAGAACCAGCAGCAGCAGAAAGUCAUGCGAAGGCAGCUCAGUGCCACUGAUCUAGAUCAGAUGCAGCAGCAGCAGCCACAGCAUAUUGAAUUCCAAGUCCAGCAGCAGCCUCUGAUCAUGCGGCGGCAGUUCAGUGCUGCUCAUCUCGAUCAAAUGGACCAGCAGCAGCAGCAGCAAGCCACAGUUCCUGCUAUGCGGCGGCAGUUCAGCGCAGCUCAUCUGGAUCAGAUGAAGCAGCAACCCAGAAUGAUUUUUCCAGCGAUUAACAGCCAAUCUCCUCCCUGUUUCUACGUUUCUGGUGCGGUCGCUAGCCCGAUCCAUCAGCAGAUCGAUCCUAAUCUUGAUCAAGACAGCGGCAACAGGGAUUUGUGA